GAGUAAGAUUCGUCGCUGGCGAGUGUGGCUACAGCUCAUUAGGCCGCACUGCCUUACCAGCACAUGUAAUUUAAGGCAGUUCUCUUCUCGCGUUGCCGACAUACAUGUGCAUGUUCAUUUGCUUCAUCUAUUCGCCACUUGCUAAGUGAAAUGGGAAAUGGCGACUAGAAGACGAUUCUUACUCGAUAGCUUUGGUGUUGCUUUUGAAUGCGAAAUUUUCGUCAGCGAGCGGGGAAAUGGCGUGUAGAAGAGGCCUAUAGCCAUACUCGCUAGCGACGAAUUUUACUCGAUAACUUUGUUGUUGCUUUCGCACGCAAAAUUUUCGUAAAGUUAAUCGAGAUAGCGAGUGGGGGAAUGGCGAAUAAAGGGCACAAUAAUAUAAUGCAUGCAUUUCUCUUGGAAAAAAUAUCACUACUCGAUAUGCAUAAACGCAAUUUAGACGAUAUAUAUCGACGGCUAUGUUUUCAUCUUCAUCAUUUUUCCUUUCUGAUUUAUUUACGUCUUUAUUUUAUACUUUUUUAUUACUUAUUGUAGAAAUUAGAGUUUGUAAGCAAAAUAUCAAUGCCCGGACAAAGUGUAGAUCUAAACGUGGUAUGCAGAAAUGAAAAUAAAAAAAAUGCUCACAAAUCAUACUGACGUGAAAAGAUAUUCAUAGAAAUUUCGGAAGGUUAAAGUUUUAUAAAACAAAAAAUUAUAUAGAAAUGCGAGCAAUAACAAAAAAGAAGUUAAUGUUUGCUCUACUCAUUUUCGUAUUCAAUAAAAGCACACAUACGUACAUACUUAAAUACAAAUACUGCGCCCACUCAUUCUUUACAAAAAAGAACAAAACACACAAAAAAAAAAUAACAAAAACGAAGAAAGCAUAUUUUUGUGCAUUUUUUCGAUACGCAAAAAUUGUGUACAUAUUAUUGAAAAUUUAUAAAAUUACCCAGCACUGCGCAUGAGAUAAGACACAUACAGGCUAAAUAUAUAAAAACAGAGCAAACUAAAUCCGGUUUUUGUCAGCUGAAUAGAAAUAAACUAAAUAUAAAAACUUAUACAUACAUACAUUCCGGUAGUAUUGGUGCAUGAAAAACUCAAAAGUUGCGUAAAAGUUAAAAAAUCACCAAACUUAACCAAAUAUUUGAGGAAUGUCUGACAAACAGAUAUAAACAUUUCUUAACAUACAUACAUACAUAUGUAUUUUUAGGCCAAUGAGCCCCUAACAUAGCAAGGGAAGUAAACUCAACAAAUAAAAGAAACAAAAAAAAAAACGAAAAAAAACUCGUAUACAAAUACAAAUGCAGCAACUAAAAUGCAAAAUUCUAAUAUUCAAGAAGCAAACAGGAGCAACAAAAAAGAAUUAUUAAAGAAAACAAAAGAAUGCAUAUCAUAGUUGUAAAAAAGCAGAGGAAAAAUUCGAAAGGCAAGAUAAAAUAUGUGAACAAAAACAAAUAAAAUUAUUAUAACUGAUUAUUAUUAUGAUAACUGACUAUUAUUACUGACCAUUGAAAUUACACAAACAAACAAACAAAAAACAAAAGCCGCGAGAGGGAGGGGAAUUUUAAAUAGCAAACACACAGCAAAACAAAAAAGAGUGAAUUGAGAUUAAAAAAAAAUGAAUAAGAGGAACAAAAGAUGGGUGACUGCGAGAGAACAAAGGCAAAUGGAUAGCAAAUUCACAGCAAAAUUAUUGAAAAUUAACAAAAACAGUAAACAGAAAACAGAAAACAUGCGUAAAGCAUCUUCAACUCUUUCGCCACUUCGGUUCACCCUUCAAUGCUAUGGGAAACGGCAGCAGCGCUGCAGUGGCUGCCGCCCACUGUCCCACCCCGUUCGCCUUUCCGUUCACACCGUUCGGCCUGAAUUGGUUCGACAUUGAUCCGUCCAGAAUUUUGGGUUUGCUCCGCCACCAGACAUGGCUGACCGAAGAGGCUUUAAAGGGUCGUAAUUUGCUAAACACACCUAAGGACUUUGCCCACCGUUACAAUCCCAUUGGCGAAUUGUUCGCCAAAGAUUUCCAUCAGAAUCAUUCGCAUGCCACCACUGCCGAAUUGCUUGCUGGCGUGGCAGCCCCCAACAAUCGGGCAAGUGCCGCCAGUCCAGUCAAGCAAGCAACAACAUCACCACUGCAACAGCCUGAACGUAGCACAAUACCACAGCAGCAAGAACAGUACAAACAGCAACACCAUCAACAACCACAACAACAACAGCAACAACAAAAACAACAACAAACAUUCAACAUACGUUAUCCCUCACCAGCUGCAUUUUUCCAUCAUCAACAGCAGCAGCAGCAGCAGCAACAACAACAACAACAGCAACAGCAUCUGAAGCAAAAGUCCAGUCGUCAAGGCACACCAUCACCUCAUGCCACAGCCACUUCUACACAAUCGAAGCCAGAUACGACACCCACAUCGCACACUGAAACACCGGACGAUGAUGCGGUUAUUGAGCUCACCACUCACGAUGAAGCACGCGACAGUGGUCGUGAAAGCGCCGUUCAUACGCCCAGCAAUAGCACUGGCACAUCCAGCGGUAUUGGCACCUCCGCCACUACUAGCAGUGGCGCGCUCAGCAGCGCUUGUUCGCCACUGCUCUACAAGGAGUCACUCGAACAAUUGCUGCAACGUCGUCGUUCCGGCUCCUCACUCGGUGGCGUCAGCGACAGUCUGCGUUCAUACACACAGCUGUUGCUCUCCUCGAGCACGCCCGGUUGCACCGACACGUCUAGCUGCAAGGAGAAAAGCUCCUCAUCUUCUACCUCAUCAACACCACCACCCACCUCAGCGCUGCUGGCGCAACACCAGCUGCUCACUCAACGGCUAAAUAGCCCAUCGGAGUCGUCGUCACUCUUUGGCGAGCCCAUCGAGGAAGAGACACGUUGCGUCGUCUGCAAUGCACAUUUUCCGAAUGUGUGGCUGUUGGAGCAGCAUGCAGCACUCCAGCACCCACACAUCGGGCCGGGCGAAGAGAAACCGUUCAUUUGUGAGCAAUGCGGUCAAUCGUAUCGUUAUCGCUCCGCAUAUGCUAAGCAUAAGGAGCAGAAUCAUCGCGCCCGCUUGCCGGCCGACAAGCUCUUCACGUGCGACGUCUGUGGCAUGCAAUUCCGUUAUCUCAAAUCGUUUAAAAAGCAUCGUCUCAAUCACGCGCUGGAGCGCUUGCACGGCAAGAAGGGCGUGAUCGGCAAACAUUGUCUGGCACCGGUGCAUGUGCUCGGGGAACAAGACGUAGUGACUAGUUCACAGGAGCCGAUGGUUGCCGACGAGGGUGGUGAGGAUUUGCGCAUCAAUGUGAAACGUGAGCAGGACGAUGAUGAACGUGAACAGCGAGAACGUGAGGAUCAGGACUGCACCGUUGACUCGGCUGGAAUGAUGCUCUACAAUGACAACAACAACGCGACGUCUUUAGCCACAACCAGCGUCGCGGAGGCGAACAUUAGCAGUUCAGAUGGAAUUCAUAGUACAAAUAAGGGGCCACGCCUUCUUGCAACUCCACAAAUGGAAACGGAUCCCUCCUAUCAUCAUUUGCAACGCCACCCACAACAUCCACAUCACCACCAACAGCAACUACCGCAACAACAUCAACAUCAACAGUUGCCACCACAUUUGCAUGGCAAUGUGGCUGGUACAUCACUGCCACCACAUCAACAUCAGCAUCCGCAUGCAGCUUUGCCUCAUUCGCAUCAUCCACACGCACAUGCGCAUCACGCCGCUGCUGCAUCAACACUGAAUUCGUUGAACUCACUCAACUCCAUUACAUCGCUGAUCAAUGCCGAACGCAUACCAAACGAACAAUUCCUGGGCCUUAAUCCGCAAGAGGCUUCAAUACUCAACUUUCUGCGUGUCGAUGCAGCUGAGCGUCAGCGGGACAAACGCCCCCAAACCUCACGUUUCGCCUGCCCCUUCUGUGGCAAAUGCGUACGCUCCAAGGAGAAUCUGAAAUUGCAUGUGCGCAAGCACACCGGCGAACGACCAUUUGUGUGCCUCUUCUGUGGACGCGCCUUCGGUGGAAAAUCGGACCUCACACGCCAUCUGCGCAUACAUACCGGCGAACGGCCGUAUCACUGCGAAUCCUGUGGCAAGUGCUUUGCACGCGCCGACUAUCUGUCGAAGCAUCUCACCACCCACAUACACAAUGCACCACGCUGA